AUGGAUUCAAAUUUUUCCAUGUAUACAUUUUUGACUUUUGAAUCACUGGACAUACUUCCAUUUACUAUUGUUCCUGCAUUCAUAUUUGGAACUCUUACAUACUGUGCCAUUCUGGUUUUUAAUAUGACUGUACUGCUAACAAUUGCUUUGAACAGGAAACUCCAUAAGCCUAUGUAUGUUCUGUUGUUUAACUUGCCACUCAAUGAUAUGGUGGGUGCCUCAUCCUUUUUUCCUCAGCUGGUGUCUAGUAUUCUGUCACAAAAUAGAUCCAUCACUUACUUUGCUUGUUUUGUGCAAGCCUUACUAGCACAUGUGUAUGGUGCUGGGUCACUUCUCAUACUCAGUGCUAUGGCUUACGACAGAUACAUUGCCAUUUGCUGUCCAUUGAAAUAUAACACCUUGAUGUGUCCAAAUAACCUGUUGAAAAUUAUUAUUAUAAUGUGGACAUUUGAUAUUACUAUGGUUGGUUUACUAUUUGCAAUGAACUAUCGCAAAGAGAUUUGUAGCACAAAAAUAGUAGAUUUACACUGCAACAAUCCAUCCUUAACAAAACUUAUGUGUGGGGACACAAAGUUAAAUAACUACUAUGGGUUGUUUACAAUAGUUUUUACUUCAGGUAUGGCUGCACUGAUAGUGGCAUUUACAUACAUCCAAAUCUUAAUCACAGUUUUUGUUAAAAGACAGUCUGAUGCCAAAAGCAAAGCAAUUCAGACCUGUGGUACACACCUAAUUGUGUUCUUAUGCUUGCAGUUAAGUGGGCUUGUUGGUUUGAUAGCUCACAGAUUUGAGGCAGCACCCCCAAACUUACGAAGGGCCUUUGGUGCAUGUGUGAUGAUAUUUCCUCCUAUAAUUAAUCCUCUAAUAUAUGGACUGAAAACAAAAGAAAUUAGACAGAAUCUUUUCUUUUGUUGUAAGAAAGUCUCUCCUACAAAAUGGAAAAAGAAAUGGAAUGAGUAA